ACCUCCAAGGCAGUGAUGGCUCUCCAGAAGACCCUUUCAUUGCUUCUGCUCUCACUGCUGAUGCUGCUGUGGCUGGGGCUGGUGCAGCCCUCCUAUGGCGAGACUAUGUACCAACGAUUCCUGCGGGAACAUGUGGACUCUACAGGGACAGGUGGCAACAGCUCGUACUGCAAAAAAAUGAUGCAAGAACGGGAGAUGACUAGGCCUAGGUGCAAGCGAUUCAACACCUUCAUCCAUGAAGACAUCGGCACCAUUAAGAACAUCUGCAAGACCCCCCAAAUCCCGUGCAAGAAUGGCAAGAUGAACUGCCAUGAGGGUGAAGUGAGAGUCACAGACUGCAGGCUUACAGCACGUUUCCGGGGAAACUGCAGAUAUCAGGGCAGGGGCAGCUCUAGGCGUGUUGUCAUUGCCUGUCAGGGUAAGCUGCCUGUGCACUUUGACAAAUAGAUACUACCCUGCAGGGUUAUGGCCCCGUGGUUGACCUUUAACUUACUCCUUGAAUAGCAAUGACAUUUGAGCUCUCUCAGGCUCUGCCUCCGCUGCUUAUGCCUACUCCUUUUUCUCUAUAUAAUCCAUUCUGUUAAAUACAUCAAAGAGAAAUGGAGACAUAAACCUAUAAUGGGACUGGGCUUCCUGUAACAAAAUUUUUU